AUGGCCAACACCAAUGACCUGAUCAAAUUAGCCCAGAAGCUCGCCUCCGAAGGGCCACACAAAGCAGAGGUGACUCCGCGUCGCGUUCGAGCUUUACUAGGCGGAAAAUAUGCAUUCGACACCGCCAAAGCGUAUCACGUUUGGGAGCAUCCUUAUUAUCCGCAAUUCUAUGUCCCUCUUUCGAGUUUCACCUCCGACGCAAAGCUUACCAAAACCUCCUCCGUAGAUGGCACCAAUAACAGAGCGCACCUUGCACGGUUAUCACUCGGAGACAAAAGCACAGAGAGAGUUGUCGUCUUCAAUACGGAUUCUUUAAAGGAUUUGGUGAAAAUUGAUUUUUCUCAGAUGGAUCAAUGGUUUGAGGAAGACGUCCCCAUCCAUCAGCAUCCGAAAGACCCCUACAAACGCAUCGACAUCUUGAAUUCGACACGUUCCAUCAGAGUAGCUCUUGACGGUGUGACACUAGCCGAAACCUCUAGUCCUCUGUUCCUCCUCGAGACCAUGCUUCGACCGCGGUACUACCUCCCCCCAACAAGUGUGAAGUGGGAGUACUUGACGAAGAGCAAUACUGAGACGUAUUGUCCGUAUAAGGGAAAGGCAAAUUACUACAAUGCGAAUAUCAAUGGCAAGGAGUACAAGGAUGUGGUUUGGUACUACAUCUACCCCAUCGCCGAGUCUUUGCCCGUAGCGGGCCACUUCUGCUUCUACAAUGAGAAGGUUGAUAUUUGGGUGGAUGGGGUACAAGAAAAGAGAUAG